UGGGGGAAUCUCCCGGUACCCCUGGGCUGAGGAUGCCGGAGCCUGGGGGUUCUCCAUUGUCAUCACCACCACAGCUGCCUUCCCACCACAUCCGGGUCAGCUCCUGAAGACACUGCUCCCCGCUGGCUGUCCCUGGAUCUGGUCCCCCCUGGGCACCAGCCACGACUCAGGUGAUCCAUUCCUAGCCCCUCCCCUCUUCUAGAAUCUUCUCUGUCACUUUCUUGCCACAGGAGAAUCCCACUGGGCUUGCUGGCUUUCUGAGUCCUGAAAGGGAAACACUUCCCUGGGUUUGAGGACCCCCAAGGGGUCACAACCCCCCACCUCUACCCCCAAGCCAGGAUACCAGUGUGGCACUAAGGUAGAAAGGCACCAUGGAGCCCCGCUCAGCCUCUCCACGCAGGGGAUGUGUCCCCUGGCACGGGCUGCUGCUCUCAGCCUCCAUUUUAGCCCUGUGGGCCCCACUGGUGACAGCUCAGCUCACGAUCGAACCCGUGCCACCCAAUGCCGCUGAAGGACAGAACGUUGUCCUGAAGGCCCACAACCAGCCCCCAAAUGCUGAACUCUAUCGCUGGUACAAAGGGGAAACUACAGACGAAAGCCAUCGCCUUGGAGCGUUUUCAGCAAACUCGAAACAAAGCACCCCGGGCCCUGCCUAUAGUGGCCGAGAGACCAUCCAGGAGGAUGGAUCGCUCUUCUUCCAGAAUGUCACCGUCAAUGACACUGGAGUCUACACCCUGGACAUCUUAGAUCGUGAUUUUGCCAGUAAGAGGGCAUCUGGACAGUUCCAAGUAUUCGCCAAGUUACCCAAACCCUUCAUCACAAGCAACAACUCCAGCCCCAUGGAGGGGGAGGACUCUGUAGCAUUAACCUGUGAUCCUGAGACAGAGAAUACAAACUACCAGUGGUGGAUAAAUGGCCAGAGCCUUCCAAAUGACACCAGACUGCACCUGUCCCCAGACAACAGGAUUCUCACUUUAUCCCAUGUCACGAGGAAUGACAUGGGGCCCUAUGAGUGUGGAACCUGGAAUCUAGUGAGUGACAACCGAAGUGAUCCGUUCACCUUGAAUGUCUCCUAUGGCCCGGAUAUCCCCAUCAUAUCCCCCCCAAGCUCAUAUGUUGGUCAAGGGACCAACCUCAGCCUCUCCUGCCACACAGCCUCUAACCCGCCUGCACAGUACUCGUGGCUGUUCAAUGAGAGGCCUCAGUCAUCUACACCAGCACUCUUUAUCCCCAGCAUCACUGUCAACCAUAGUGGAUCUUAUGCCUGCUUCGCCUAUAACUCUGUUACUGGCCUCAAUAGCACCACAGUCAAGAAUAUUACAGUCCUUGAGCCGGUGACGCAGCCCUCCAUCCAAGCCAGCAACACCACGGUCACAGAACAGCAAUCUGUGGUUCUGACCUGCCACUCUACAGACCCUGGAAUCACGAUCCGGUGGCUUUUUAAUGAACAGAGUCUGCCGCUGACCACGAGGACGAAGCUGUCCAAAGACAACAGCACGCUCAGUAUAGACCCUGUCAGACGGGAGGACAGCGGGGAGUACAGGUGUGAGGUCUCCAACCCUGUCAGUUCAAGGAAGAGUAACCCUCUCAGGCUGGAUGUGAAUUAUGACCCAACACAAUCAAGUUCUGACCUUUCCCCUGGGGCCAUUGCUGGCAUCGUGGUUGGAGUUGUGGCCGGGGUGGCUCUGAUAGCAGCCCUGGCAUAUUUCUUGUACUCCAGGAAGACUGGCGGGGCAAGCAACCAGCGUGAUCUCACAGAGCACAAACCCUCAGCCUCCAGUCACAGUCCGGAAAUUUCUCGUGAUGAUGCUCCUAAUGAGAUGGAUGAAGUUUCAUAUACUUCCCUGAAGUUCAAUGCUGCACAACCAAAAAACUCAACGCCAGUACCCCCGACCUCAGUGGCUACAGAAACGGUUUACUCGGAAGUGAAAAAGAAGUAGCGCCUUCCACCUGCCUGAUGCAAUACUGCCACUUCCCAAGUCUCUCACCAUCUUGCUGGAAGACUCUCAGUCCUCAGGGAGAAAGGGGGGGGGGGGUCCCCCCCUCGCCCCCUUGUGCCCAUCUGGAAGGACUGCUGGACUCCUGUGGAAGAGAAGGUGCAUCCCAGAGUCUGGCAAAGCUGGCUUUUGGAGUCACCAGGAGCUCCCACCCUCUCAAGGGAGAGAAUAUUCCUUUACUACCCCUCCAGGCCUGUCUUAGCAGAGUCUAACUUGAGUUUGCCAUAGCCUUGAGGAUGAGAUCCUUUUUUCUUCUCUUUUUCUUUUUCUUUUGGUCGUGUUGUACCAGAAAAAAAGGGACAGAGAGAAAACAACAACAACAACAAAAAAGCAAAGCAGGAAUGGCUUUUCUCUCCAAAUUCAAGUAUGAAGCCACUAUAUAUAGGAAAAAGAAAUCUAUCACCCACAGUGCAUUGGGGAAUUCUCUACUUCUGUCCCAUCAGCGCAGCCUGUCUGUUGCAUCAGGGUCCAGAUACCUUGCUUUUUGGCUGAAACACCACCUAAUUGCCGCUUUGGGCAGGCCUGCCUCCAGAAAACCCACUAGAAGUAACUAGGAACUAUGGAGUUGUUAUCUGAUUCCUACUACAAAAGGCCAAAGUGCUCAUACAUCUUUAAUAAUAACUGCUGCUUACUUCAGGAAGUACCUAGAAAAGGACUGAGUACAGCCAAGGUGCUGGUGGCUCAAGCCUGUCAUCCUAGCUACCCAGGACGCUGAGAUCUGAGGAUCAUGGUUUGAAGCCAG